GAGUGAUGAAAAACUUGAUGAAUUAUCAAAAUUAGGGCAUUUCCUUAAAGGGAGUUCAGCCGCAAUCGGACUAAAGAAGGUUAAAGAAUCAUGUGAAAAAAUGCAACAUUAUGGAAAUAAGAAAGAUGAGACGGGCACAGAAAGUAUUUCUGAGGAAGAUGCUCUAAAAAAAAUUUCGAGUCUGUUGGUAAAAGUCAAAGAUGAAUAUAAAGAGGCGGAAACUUAUCUUAAGAAGUUUUAUUCAGAACGAGAUGGUACAGAGAGUUCAGAUAAUACAAAGAAUGCAGAUGAGAAAGAUAGUCCUGCUGAAAAAGAUUGA